AAGUGCCAGCGGGCACAGGCACUUGACCAGUUUCUAGUUGAGCUGCAGGUGACCAUGACCUGCUGUGAGGGUUGGACAUCCUGCAAUGGAUUCUCUCUGCUGGUGCUGCUUCUCUUGGGGGUAGUUUUCAAUGCAGUGCCUCUGAUUUUCAACUUAGUUGAGGAAGAUGAAGGUUUUAAAAAUCCCAUCUCUUGCUUUGAGUGGUGGUUCCCAGGAAUUAUCGGAGCGGGUGUGAUGGUCAUUCCAGCAACAACAAUGUCCUUGGCAGCGAGAAAAAGAGCAUGCUGCAACAACAGAACCGGGAUGUUUCUUUCGUCACUUUUCAAUGUAAUCACAAUCAUCGGGGCAGUGUACUGCAUGUUGGUAUCGAUUCAGGCUCUCUGCAAAGGACCUCUCAUUUGUAACUACCAAGGCAAUGGUACUGCCGCUUGCGAAUUUUCAUUCAGAAAUCUAAGUGAUAUCCAACUGGAAUCCCUCAACCUCCAGUGGUUCUUCGAUGACUCUUGCAUACCUCCUGCCAGUCACACAAGCUCGGGAGGUGACGGGAGAUUUCAGGGCUUGCACUUUGAUUCUCAAGAGAACAAACACAGGAUCCUCCACCUGUCAGUCUUUACCGCUCUGCUGUUAGUCGGGAUUCUGGAGGUCCUGUGUGGACUGAGCCAGAUUGUCAUUGGCUUCCUGGGUUGCCUGUGUGGAGUCUCUAGGCGAAGAAGUCAAAUUGUAUAGAUUUAUGGUAAUAAUACGGAAGCAUCA